UUCCCUCUCUGGUUUCUGGCUUUGAGAGAGAGUAGAUCACAAAUAUUGAUUGAACUUCCCAGAACCACAGAAAUAACAUACUGGAAUUCUUCAUUUAGGUGGUAUUCUCUGUAACGUGUCGAUAAUAACGUGUGCGGCGUGUGAUUAUGCUGCAGUCACGGGAAACAAUAAUAACGAGAGGUGACCACAUGAACGCCCCCCUCUUAAGUGGUAUUCAUGACCUCGUAGCUGGAAAAUGUAUGAGAACUCUCCGUUCGCAACUCUGUGUUUACGACCUUUCGUGUCGUAAACACGAAUUCAUGAGUUCCAUAUUAAAGCGGUAUGAGUAACAGGGGUUGUCAGAGGGCAUUUACCUUUGUAAAUGUAAACUUUAAGUAAACCUUUGUUCAUUCAAAAAAGCAAUGAUGUGAUGACAUUGGAUUACCAUUAGAUGAGACGCAUUCGUCUGGAUAAAAUGCAUCGUUAUUUGAAACUUAGUCCCAUCUGCAGAAUAAAACAUAGUUUUAAGAACUCCAGAAAGAUCCCAUCAAGACUUAUGUACAGCUGAAAACACCGCUUACUAACUAUGGACACUGGGAUAUCGAGUCGUUGCUUUCAGCUGUAAAGUUUGCCAUUUUUCCCACACACCAUGAAUGCAGCAAAAACCCGGCACAGGGGACAGGACAACAUGGCUGCUGCUGCGGGCCGAUACUACGGAGAAGGCGGCAGAGCAACGAAAAGACAGAAAACUGAGGACGGAGGAAUGACAACGGAGAGCUACGAUGAUCCUCAUAAACCUCUGCCCUCCCCGGUGGUGCACAUCAGGGGCUUGGUGGACGGAAUCAUGGAGGCUGACCUGGUGGAGGCCCUGCAGGAGUUUGGAGCCAUCAGUUACGUGGUUAUGAUGCCCAAGAAGCGCCAGGCCCUGGUGGAGUAUGAGGACAUGAAUGGCUCCUGCAACGCUGUUACAUAUGCAGCAGAAAACCAGGUUUACAUUGCAGGCCACCCCGCCUUCAUCAAUUACUCCACGAGCCAAAAGAUCUCCCGGCCAGGAGACUCAGACGACACUCGGAGCGUCAACAGUGUGCUGCUGCUCACCAUCAUAAACCCCAUCUAUCCUAUCACCACGGAUGUUCUCUACACCAUUUGUAACAACUGUGGUCCUGUACAGAGAAUUGUCAUCUUCAGAAAGAAUGGGGUGCAGGCCAUGGUGGAAUUUGAUUCGGUCCAAAGUGCUCAAAGGGCCAAAGCCUCUCUGAAUGGGGCAGACAUCUAUUCUGGCUGCUGCACUCUAAAGAUUGAGUAUGCCAAGCCAGCACGCCUUAAUGUCUUCAAGAAUGAUCAGGACACGUGGGACUAUACAAACCCCAACCUCAGCGGCCAAGAUGCUGAUGGUGAAGGCAAUUGGAACAAUUCACAAGAUCCCAAUGCCAAUCCCAACAAACGCCAGAGGCAGCCUGCUCUUCUGGGAGACCACCCACCGGAUUAUGGUGGCCCUCAAGGAGGUUAUCAUGGCUACAAUGACGACAGCUACGGCCCCCCUCCUCCGCACCGCAUGGGGCCUGGUAUGGGCGGGCGUGGUCGUGGUAGCCAACGCUAUGGCCCUGGUUAUGGGCCACCACCCCCGGAGUACGGUCCUCAUGCUGACUCCCCAGUUCUUAUGGUUUAUGGCCUUGAGCCCUCUAAGAUCAACGCCGACAAGGUCUUCAACAUUUUCUGCCUUUAUGGCAAUGUAGAGAGGAUUAAGUUCAUGAAGAGUAAGCCUGGAGCAGCUAUGGUGGAGAUGGGAGACUGUUAUUCUGUGGACAGGGCCAUCACUCACCUCAACAAUAAUUUCCUGUUUGGACAGAAACUCAAUGUUUGUGUGUCCAAGCAGCAGGCUAUUGUGCCAGGACAGUGCUAUCAGUUAGAGGAUAAUACUAGCAGCUUCAAAGAUUUCCACGGAUCCCGAAACAACCGCUUCACCUCCCCAGAGCAGGCAGCCAAGAACCGUAUUCAGCAUCCCAGCAAUGUCCUACACUUCUUUAAUGCACAGCCUGACAUCUCCGUAGAGAUCUUCAAUCAGGUCUGUGAUGAACUGGGAAUUAAGAGCCCCACAAGUGUGAAACUUUUCACUGGAAAGAGUGAGCGAAGUUCGUCUGGCCUUCUGGAGUGGGAAUCCAUCAACGAUGCCAUGGAAGCCCUAGCUCUGAUGAACCAUUACCAGAUGAAAAACCCUAGCGGACCUUACCCGUACACACUGAAGCUGUGUUUCUCAACCACACACCAUGCCAACUAAAUACUCUCCACUCAACCCAUUUUUAAUGUUUUGUGUCUCCUCAUAGAGUAUACUGCAGUUCUGUUGUCAUGUCCCAUUAAAACGUUCAAUCAGUAUUGACUACAAUUAAGACUAACAUGCUGUAGGACAUGUUACUUUAACUAUGAUUUAUUAUACCUUAACUAUGUUUUUCAAUCAGUUGUUAAUUUUGUACUUUCACAACACUAGAUUUGAAUAACCCCUCACUACCCUAAAAUAACAGUUCAGUGUGAACCUCAGUUUUUGUUUUUUAAAUCAAGUAAACAGUAACCAUAGUGUGAACACUGCUAUAACCAGUGGUCACAUGGUCAGAUGGUUUGUAUUAUAUCUUUCAUCAUUUCUUCACUCUUGACAGGGAAGCAUAAAUACAUUGAUUCACAGGUUCUUGCAAAGAGAAGCAGCUGUAGUUUUCUGGAUGUAAAAAGUCACACUGACAUCUCUGUACUGAAAUGGUUAGGGUGCCUUCCAUAGGUUGAUACCUGGACUACAGAACACUAUCACUGUAAAGAUGAAAGGAUGGAAGACAAGAAGGAGAUGGUUAUCUGCUAGAGGAGUGCUCAUUCACUGUCAAGAUUUCAAUGUCAAGUUGUCACUUUUUUAGUAAAUAAUACUGUGAAUAUUA